AUGUGUGGAAUCUUUGGCUACAUCAACUAUCUGGUCGAGAAGGAUCGUGCCUACAUCAUCCAGACUAUCAUCAAUGGUCUCUCCCGACUCGAAUACCGUGGCUACGACUCCGCCGGUCUAGCUGUCGAUGGAGACAAGAAGAACGAAGUCCUCGCCUUCAAGGAGGUUGGAAAGGUCGCAAAGCUCAAGGAGUUGAUCGACUCGUCCAAGCCUGAUAUGACCAAGACCUUUGAGUCUCACGUCGGCAUCUCUCACACUCGAUGGGCUACUCACGGCUCCCCCUCCAGAAUCAACUGCCACCCUCACCGAUCUGACCCCAAGUGGGAGUUCGCCAUCGUCCACAAUGGUAUCAUCACCAACUACAAGGAACUCAAGGCCCUGCUCGAGAGCAAGGGAUUCCGCUUCGAGACCGAGACCGACACCGAGUGUAUCGCCAAGUUGGCCAAGUACCUCUACGACCUGCACCCAGAUAUCGACUUCACCGUCCUCGCAAAGGCCGUCGUCAAGGAGCUCCAGGGCGCCUUUGGUCUGCUCAUGAAGUCUGUCCACUACCCACACGAGGUCAUUGCUGCCCGCAAGGGUUCUCCCCUCGUCAUCGGUGUCCGUACCGAGAAGAAGAUGAAGGUCGAUUUCGUCGACGUCGAGUACUCCGAGGACAGCGCCCUGCCAGCUGAGGAGGCCUCCCAGAACGCCGCCAUCAAGAAGUCCGCUACCAACUUGCUUGCUCCACCAGACAAGUCCCUCCUCCACCGCUCUCAGUCCCGUGCUUUCCUCUCGGAUGACGGUGUUCCUCAGCCAGCAGAGUUCUUCCUCUCCUCUGACCCCUCCGCCAUCGUCGAGCACACCAAGAAGGUCCUCUACCUCGAGGACGACGACAUUGCCCACAUCCACGACGGUCAGCUCAACAUCCACCGUCUCAACAAGAACGAUGGCACCUCCAACGUCCGUGCCAUCCAGACCAUCGAGCUCGAGCUCCAGGAGAUCAUGAAGGGUAAGUUCGACCACUUCAUGCAGAAGGAGAUCUUCGAGCAGCCCGAGUCCGUCGUCAACACCAUGAGAGGUCGUCUCGAUGUUGAGAACGGUAAGGUCACCCUUGGUGGCCUCCGUCAGUACAUCACCACCAUCCGUCGAUGCCGUCGUAUCAUCUUCAUUGCCUGCGGAACCAGUUACCACUCCUGUAUGGCUGUGCGUGGUGUCUUUGAGGAAUUGACCGAGAUCCCCAUCUCCGUUGAGCUGGCCUCCGAUUUCCUAGACAGAGAAGCCCCCGUUUUCCGUGACGAUACCUGCGUCUUCGUCUCCCAGUCCGGUGAAACUGCCGACUCCCUCAACGCUCUCCGCUACUGUCUCGAGCGCGGUGCCUUGACCGUCGGAUUCGUCAACGUCGUCGGCUCCUCCAUCUCCCUCCUCACCCACUGUGGUGUCCACAUCAACGCCGGACCCGAGAUCGGUGUUGCUUCCACCAAGGCCUAUACCUCCCAGUUCGUAGCCAUGGUCAUGUUCGCCCUCUCCCUCAGUGAAGACCGUGCAUCCAAACAACAGCGCCGCGAAGAGAUCAUCAAGGGCCUCGGCCAAGUAUCCGGCCAGUUCAGAGAGAUCCUCAAGCUCAGCGAGCCCAUCAAGGAGAUGUGUGCCAAGUUCUUCAAGAACCAGAAGUCUCUUCUCCUCCUCGGACGAGGAAGCCAGCACGCCACUGCCCUCGAAGGUGCUCUCAAGAUCAAGGAAAUCUCUUACCUACAUUGCGAAGCCGUCAUGUCCGGUGAACUCAAGCACGGUGUCCUCGCCCUCGUUGACGAGAACCUGCCCAUCAUCAUGAUCCUGACCAGAGAUAACCUGUUCGCUAAGUCCCUCAACGCUUACCAACAAGUCAUUGCCCGUGCCGGCCGACCCAUCGUUAUCUGCAACCCAGACGACGAGGAGUUCCCUGCCUCCGAGACCGAGCGUAUCCAGAUCCCCCGCACCGUCGACUGCCUGCAGGGACUGCUCAACGUCAUCCCCCUUCAGCUCAUCGCCUACUGGCUCGCUGUCGGUGAGGGUUUGAACGUCGAUUUCCCUCGUAACUUGGCCAAGUCCGUUACCGUCGAGUAA